CAACACUGUCAAAGUUUCUCGAACCUUCUGUCUUUUGUACUCAACCGCAUCACGUGCGUCAGAAUUGCCUGGAAAUCAUUCACAAAACUUGUGUUGCGCAAAUCUCACGUUUAUAUUUUAUCCUUGACGAUGGGCAAGAAGCAAAAGAUGAAGAUGGCCGCCCAAAUGGCAAUCGCUGCCAGUGCCUCGGCCGCAAAAAAGCAGGAAGAGAUCAAGGCCAUGGACCACGUGUUGGCCGCUAAAGGAGCAGGUGCGAAAGAAGCUCCUGCCGCAGGAGGAGGAAGACCUGGCUGCAGUGCCAGGAAGGAGCCCAACAAAAUGGACCCCAAAUAUCGCAAGAACCUCAAGAAACUGAUGAGCCUGGCCCAAAAGCUACCGGCCAAUCUGCUGACCCCCAAGAAAUCCCAGGAAGCCGCAGCCACCGCCGAAGAUUCCAAUGGCAGUGGUGAGUCCACGGACAGCGACGACGAAGAGGCCCCUAAUCUGGUGGAACUGAGUCUGAAGGACAAGCUGGGGGAGCUCAGUUCGCUGGGCCAACUGGCCCUGCGGUCCACCGAUUCUGCUAAGCAGUCACGCGGCGAAAAGAAGGCCCGCCGCAUCCUCAUGAAGCUCGAUCUCAAGCCAAUCGAGAACGUGGUCCGGGUGACCAUGAAGAAGAACAAAAACAUCCUGUUGUGCAUCAACAAGCCCGAAGUGUACAAGGUUCCGCACUCGGAGACGAUCAUCUGCUUUGGUGAGAUCCGCGUGGAGGACCUCACCAACGCCGCCGCCUCGCAGGCAGUUGCCAAGGCCGCCGAGCGUUAUUGCAAACCAACUCCAGGCACUGGCGAGGAUGCCAAGAACAAGGAGGCAGCUACUGCAGAGGCACCCGCCGUCGACGAUGGUGACGAAGAGGAGGUGGACGUGGAGGCCGCCAAGGCCCUCGAUGAGAAGGACAUCGAACUAGUUCAGAUGCAGGCCGUCUGCACGCGCAACAGGGCCAUCAAGGCGCUGCUGAAGAACGACAACGAUGUGGUCAACGCCAUCAUGGCCCUAACUGUGGGUUAGCCCUGUCGCUCAAGUAUUUAUGCAACUUGUCAACCAAAUUUCGAAUACACCAAUUGCACUAUGUAAUUCUUGAAAUACAAGCCCUUCAAAACCAA